AUGUCGACAAUCGCUCCAAUUAAGGGUAUGCUGCGCAAGCGCCUCUUUACCGAUGUGACCAUUGCUCUUGGCGGUGGCACGCUAGUUGCUAUGGGUUUCUGGUACGGCUGGCACCUGCCACGCAACCAAAUCCGUGACGAGUUCUAUGCAAAGCUUCACGCGGCUAAGAAGGACGAGUAA